AUGGAUUAUGCUAGGCUCCUUAGUGGCCCGAAGGGCACGCCGGUGUGGCUCAUUGAUCGGCAUCCAAUGAGGGUUUUCAAAUGGUCUCCGGAGUUUGAUGCUUAUCGUGAGUCCCUGAUUGCAGCGAUAUGGUGUAACUUAGUUGGCCUCCUGAUCCAUUUAUUUGAUCACUCAGCCCUCUUCGCCAUCGGCAAGCUCCUAGGGACGCCAAUUCAAGUGGACCGAGCCACCGCGAACAAAACAAGACUUUCCUAUGCGCACAUUCGCUUCGAGUUUGACAUCACGAAACCACCCCCCGAAGAAAUCAUACUCGAUAUUUGUGGAAGAGAAACGGUUCAACAAAUGCGGUGGGACAAAAUUCCAGCCUAUUGUCGGGAGUGUAAGCAUGUCGGACACUCGAGUAAUGUUUGCUAUGCUGUGGGGAAGACCGAAACCCCACCGAAAAGAAAUUACAACAAUGUAACCCCUCAAAAAGCAAAUCAAGACAGAAACGGCCCAGCCGAAAAGCAAGUCAAUUUUGAGGCCAAGCCAAACGACAACAAUGAGUGGAGACGGCAAGGAAAAACAAAGUAA